AUGACAACUAUUAUUGGAUACAUAGGAAUAAAGUUUGAUCAAAUCAACGAACAUCUUCAGGAUAUGGCAAAUAAUGACAAUCGUAAAAUAAAACAAGCUUGGGAAAAUCCUAUGCAUCCAUCGCAAUGCAGAUUUCUAAAAAUUUCAAAUAAUAAAUGGAUAAUAUGGACUAUAAUGCAUCUUCAUUUGGAAUUAUGUAAAAUAUCUCGUGAGAUAAACUGGAUAUUUGGAGUAGAAAUGACUAUCAAAAUGGGAUGUUACUUUGGUUUCAUGGCUAUGAAUCUUAGAGAUUGUUUUGAUCUAAUAUUUUUUAAAAAAUAUAUCUUGAAUUUUAAUAAUAUAUUGUUUGCAAGUAUAUGUCUAGGUUGGCUUUUCCAUAAUAUUUUGAAACUCGUUAUUAUUAAUUAUAUGUGCGAAAAAAUCAGUGCAAAGGCAAAUGCAACAAAAAAUUUUGUAAAUAGAAUAUCGUAUUCUACAUCCAAUGUUGAAAUGUGUGAAAAUAUUUUACAAUUAUUGUUACAAUUGUCUCAAUCGACGUUACGAUUUUACGGCCUUGGACUUUUCCAAUUUGGCUUCAAAUUCCUUCAAGGAUUUACCACAUCUGUUACGACUGUUGUAGUUAUAUUACUACAGUCACAAAUUGAUCAAAAUCUACAUUAA